CAGUGUGGGGCUGAGGUGCUGCCGCCUGUGGCUCCCUUUGGAGCUUCCCCCUUUGGACAUGGCCGCAGGAGCCCCAUGGAGGCGGCUCCAGCCCAUUCCCACCUCAGGCUCUGGCUUCUCCAGGCCCAGAUCCCUUGGGAAGCGGCCUCGGGAGCAGGGCUCAGGCUCGGCCCCUUCCAGCCCGGCCCCACCUCGGCCGGUCCAACCGGUUUCAGGUCCCGGAAGAGCCGUGGGGAAGGGGGAAGCGCUCCCAUGGCCCCGCUCCGCAGCACAAGGUGAAGAGGAAGGAACCGGAGCCCCUGCAGGACCCCCCCGCUCCAUGCCCGCUGCCGACCCCAUCCUGCCCCCCGAGGAGGUGGCACUGAUGGAGCUGGCCCCGGCCUUGCCCAAGGCACCGGAGGACCCCGAGGCCACCCUGCCCUGGGACCGGGCGAGCCCGGAUGGGGGCCGGGAAGGCCCCGAGGAGCCCGGGGGUGCCCCCGCGGUGAUGGUGCCCAUAGACCCGCGUUGCAUCGAGCGGAGACCGGGCAAGGGGCAGCAGGAGGAAGGCAAAGGGGGGGCCGUGCCCCGGAGCCAGCACCCGCUCCUGCUCCCCAUGCCACCCGCUCGCUCCAGGGCCCCAUUGGGUUUGGAGGACACGGCCGAGCCCCAUAAGGGAGGAGUGAGGUGCCCGUGGGCCAAAGACUGCGGUGGUGGCCACCUUAAAGCCGUGGCCUCGGUGCUGGGGGCUCUGGUGCUGUGCCCCUGCUUUGUCUAUGGGGCUUACGUCUUCCUGCCCUUCGAUGCCCCACUGCUGCCCACUAUCAGCACCCGCCUGGUGUUCACGCUGCGCUGCGCUGCCUUCGCCACCGUCCCCAUCGUGCUGGGGAUGCUGGUCAGUGGCAUCUCCCGGCUCUGCUCCUCGGCGCUGGAGCCCUUUGGGGAGCUGCGGCGGGAGGUGGAGAUCCACAGCACCUUCGUGGCCCAAUCCGGACACCUCUUCAUGCUCUACUUCUUCAACAUGGCUGUGCUGGCCACUUACCUCCCGCAGGAGCUGCUCAAGCUCAUCCCGCUCCUCACAGGGCUCUUUGCCAUCUCCAGGUUGCUGUAUUGGUUGGCCUAUGCCAUGGGACGCCCUUUCCGGGUCUUUGGCUUCAGCCUGAGCUUCCUGCCUCUCGUUGCCAUGCUCCUCUGGAAUCUCUACAGCAUGGUGGUGCUGGAGCCGGAAAACCUCCUGGCUGUGGCAGAGGCAAAGCCCCAGGAGCAUUCCAAGAACACUGGAGCCAAACUCCGGUACUGGGGAUGAGGGAUAAGCCCCCCCGGAGGGAUGCAGGGAGAUGCAAUCCCACUUGCUCUGCCCUAGGAAGGGGGGAGCCCCACUGCCCAAUAAACCCCUUUGCCAAGUGC